AUAUAUUAUUGAGAGAUGCUUCUGUAUAAUAAAUUGGGACUACAUGAGUACGGCGGCCUAUGAAUAACGUUGAAAAUACUUUCUGGUUAUUGGCUUUGCUACGUGCACCUCAGGGGUUAAAUCGAAUCUACAGAAACUUGAGGGACAGUCUAUGUUGAGCCAACGAGAUUCUUCUUAGUCGGAAGUAACCAUCACUACUACAAACGCCAUUCUUCCACUCCGACGAGGUAGCCGGAAAACUAGAAAACUCCGGCCACAAUUCCUGCCGGCGUCCGGCGAUACAAACGCACCAUAACCUGAUCUACUACUACUUAGAUUGGAUGUGGGAAUUUUGGAGAAGGCAUAAGAGGAAGGUAUAUGUUACAUUUGGAGUUCUUGGAAGUGGUUACCUUUUGUAUAAGCUGUAUGACGGACACAGGCGACGACUCGCUGAUCUAGAGAGGGAACUCGCGGAUGAGAAGAGUAAUGAGGAACUCAUUAGAUCCCAGAUCAAGGAACAUUUCGAGAAAAUCCAAACAAUAGCUAAUUCAACAACAUUACCCCAUGUAAUGCGAUAUUUAAGUAGUCGAAUAGAUGAAGAAUUGGACCUUACGCACUUGAUGGAGAGGCUGGUUAAAGGGAAAGACGAGCCAAAUUCUCUGACUGCUGCAGAGAAACUGGAGCUAUGGGACAGACUCAAAAUUUUAAAUUUUACCAGAAUAGUGUUGUCUCUUUGGGUGACCACAAUACUAAGCUUAUACAUUAGAGUUCAAGUCAACAUAUUAGGGAGGCAUCUUUAUAUCGAUACUGCACGUGGCCUUGGAAGCUCUAUUCAAUUUGAUGAAGCUGAUCUAAUUGACAGAGAUGAUGAGCAGCAGUUUCUAGCCAGUGCAGACUAUCUUACCAAUGUUGGCCUGCCUGCCUUGAUUUCAAGUUUUGAAACUGCAGCAUCUGAAGUUCUAAAAGGAAAACAGUUGAAGGAUUUUUUCAACACAACUGUACUUCAUGAUACCAUUCUGCAGAUAUUGGACAGCUUUCUGAGCAUGGGACAUCCUUAUCACUGGAUGGGUUUUUUGAUGCCAGAGCCAGCUAAACUAUUUAACUCUUCUGCUACCUCUAGCAGUGAUAAUACAGACCCUUCGCCUGCAUCCAAAUUUGAACAACUUAUGCUGGAGGCACGGGCCGUUUUGUCAAGCUCUGAAUUUGAGAAUAUUCUGGAUAUGUCACUUAAAACAGUGGUGGAUGUGAUGAUGGAAGACAUAAGGGUCCUCUGUGGAGAAACAAAUUUAAAAGUAGGCAUUCCAUUAGCUAAACUUCUACCACGACUUGCUCAUAUGAGUCGCAUCCUGCUUGAAGAACCCACUAGGGACAGAUAUAUACAAAUUGUCCAAGACAUGCCAGAAGUAGAAAUGUUCUUCACCUUGUUAUAUGCAAGCACACCAGCUUCAUAGUGUUAAAGAGUGUUGUAUUUCUUGUGUAGCUUCGGCGUUGGCAUGGAUUUAAAAGAUUACAUAUGGUAGCUUUUUAGUUUAGUUUGUUAAGGGUUAAAAUUUGGGCAAAAAUAAGAAAGCUGAAGAUUUUCUGGUGAACUUUCAUUCUUUCUCGAGUACCCAAAGCUCAGUAUUAACUUAUUAUGUAGCCUGAUUAUUUCAUCAGCUGAAUUAAUGCUUUAACGUUGCUAUAAAAGCGUGUGACUUGGUUCUUCCCUA